AUGGCAGUCAACAAUACAUCCGGAUCAGCACCUGGUUCGACCCUUGGUACGCUGAUGGGUGUUAUGAACACUGCCAAGGAAAAAUGGGAUUCUUCCGGUGCGAAUGACGCCAUGAAUCGAGUUGCAGCAUCAGUUCCCCAAGGAACCAAAGACUAUUUAUCUGCAACCACUGGCGAGCUUUUCAACCGCCAGCGCUUGCGUAGUGUCACAGUUUGCUUUGGCAUUGGUGAGGAGCGGCCUUUCUACGUCGAAAAGUCGCCAGCGCUGCUUAUCGCUCGCGUAAAGCACAAUUUCACUUUCUUUUACCUGAACUACAUGAUCUUGACUGCUCUUCUUUUCUGCUUGACCCUUCUAAUUAGUCCGUCUGCCAUUAUCGGGAUUGGUCUUCUUGGUGCUCUUUGGGUCUACGUCAUUCAACAAACGCAAAAAGGAACUCUUGUCAUCGCAGGAAAAAAUAUCAGCCAGAACCAGGCAACAACAGCAUUGGUUAUUUUUAGUGGCCUCACUCUUUUCUUUUUGCUACGGGGUAUUUUCUGGUAUGCACUUUGCUCCUCGGGAUUCCUUGUAUUGGUGCAUGCUGGAUUGAGAGAUGCAUCUAUGCACCAAGAUGGCGACGAUCAUGUGGAUAUGGUUGGCGAAGUUCCUGGAGAAACUGCAGCUUUCUUGAAUGAUAAUAACGGAGUAUAG